AUGAGCAUACUGGGGGUUAAACACGGUCUUUUGACCCGCGCUUCAAGUUUUGCCACUAGUGGGAUUGCAUAUCGCGCUUUUUCCAGUACAUUCAGAGUUUUUUCCGAGUCAGAUUCGUUUAUUUUUGAUCCAACCCAACUAAAUCCCUUGAACUCGAAACAGAAGCUAUCUGGGGGGAAUAGCAGAGUGUCAGGACUCAGCUUCACUGGUACAACAGAGGGGAAGCCUAGAGAGACCGGUUUGGAUCGACAACGACUGGAACAAGUAGACCCGACGUCGAUGCUAUCCCCCAAAGAAGACGCCUUAACCUCACGAGUCACAGGUGUACGUGCAGGUAGAACCGUGAACGUUUUCAACGGUGAUACCAGUGGAGCGUUUCGACAAUUGAAUUCGAUUGUUUUUGCCAAUAGAAUUGCACAAGAUCGCCGAUCACAACGGUUUUAUUUGAAACCAGGCAAAGCGAAAGAAAUGCGUAGGUCACAACGGCACAGACGUGAUUUCAUGAAAGGUUUCAAGCGACUCAUAGAAGUGGUUAAAGAUGCCAAUCGUAAGGGGUACUAG